GGCGCUCGUCUCUCGGCUCUGCUCAGGCUUGUCAGUGCGGGCGAGAGCGCUGCUAAACAUGGCGUCGGACGGGAUGAUUUUAACCAACCACGACCACCAAAUCCGAGUUGGAAUAUUGACAGUGAGUGACAGCUGCUUCAGAAACCUCGCCGAGGACCGCAGUGGAAUCAACCUCAAAGAUCUUGUUCACGACCCAUCCUUGCUUGGAGGCAUAAUCUCUGCAUACAAAAUAGUCCCUGAUGAGAUUGACGAGAUCAAGGAGAUACUGGUGGACUGGUGCGACGAGAAGGAGCUCAACUUGAUUUUGACCACCGGUGGGACGGGUUUUGCGCCUCGUGAUGUCACACCUGAGGCCACCAGAGAGGUGAUCGAGCGUGAAGCUCCAGGAAUGGCUCUAGCAAUGCUCAUGGGCUCCCUAAAUGUCACGCCACUCGGCAUGCUGUCCAGACCCGUAUGUGGAAUCAGAGGCAAGACGCUCAUCAUUAAUUUACCUGGGAGCAAGAAGGGCUCACAGGAGUGCUUCCAGUUCAUCCUGCCUGCUCUGCCACACGCCAUAGACUUGUUGCGGGACGCCAUCGUGAAGGUGAAGGAGGUGCACGACGCUCUAGAGGACUUGCCGUCUCCUCCACCACCCCUCUCUCCUCCACCCACCACCAGCCCACACAAGCAGACCGAAGACAAGGGUGUGCAGUGUGAGGAAGAGGACGAGGAGAAGAAGGACAGUGGUGUGGCAUCCACCGAGGACAGCGGGUCCUCUCACAUCACGGCAGCUGCUAUUGCUGCAAAGAGCAUGACGUCUCAUCUCAGCCAUGCAGUGGUCAUGGCCAAGGGUGGGCAAACAUUGAGUGGCUUCAUCCCGUCCACCUCCAUUCCCUCCCAUUUCACCUGCUCCUGCAGUGACACGAUCCCAGAAUCCAUCAUUUCACGAGGCGUGCAGGUGUUGCCGCGGGACACCGCCUCUCUCAGCACCACGCCCUCUGAGUCUCCCUGUGCUCAGCAGUCCCGCCUCUCCACUGCCUCCUGCCCCACCCCCAAAGCCCGGCUCACCUCCUGCUCAUCCACUUAUAGUGUCACAGAGGCCUCACGGAGAGAGUUCAGGGCUCACCUGGAUGAUGUCAUCUCGCACAAGUCAAGGUACUCUACCUUGGACCAGCUCCACUCUAGGCUGGAGGGGCUCAAAGAUGAUCGCAGGAACCAUAGGACCUUCGACUCGCGAGUGCAGUCACGAUGCAGCAGCAAGGAGAAUAUCCUGAGAGCAAGUCACAGUGCUGUAGACAUCACAAAGGUAGCUCGGAGACACCGCAUGUCCCCGUUUCCCCUCACUUCUAUGGACAAGGCCUUCAUCACUGUGCUGGAGAUGACUCCUGUCCUGGGUACCGAAAUCAUCAACUACAGAGAUGGGAUGGGUCGAGUUCUGGCUCAGGACGUCUAUGCCAAAGACAACCUGCCACCUUUCCCUGCGUCAGUUAAAGAUGGCUACGCUGUUCGUGCUGCCGAUGGCCCUGGCGAUCGCUUCAUCAUCGGGGAGUCUCAGGCCGGGGAGCAGCCCACUCUUACAGUCAUGCCAGGACAGGUGAUGAGAGUGACGACAGGCGCUCCUAUCCCAUGUGGUGCUGACGCUGUAGUUCAAGUAGAAGACACAGAACUGCUCAGAGAGUCUGAAGACGGUACAGAGGAGCUGGAAGUGAGGAUUCUGGUUCAGGCCCGUCCAGGACAGGAUAUAAGGCCUAUAGGACAUGACAUCAAACGUGGCGAGUGUGUGCUGGCUAAGGGCACUCACAUGGGACCAUCAGAGAUCGGUCUCCUGGCCACUGUAGGAGUCACAGAGGUGGAGGUGCAGAAAUUCCCCGUUGUAGCAGUCAUGUCCACUGGCAAUGAGUUGUUAAACCCUGAGGAUGACCUCCACCCCGGCAAGAUCAGGGACAGUAACCGAUCCACACUGUUGGCCACUAUUCAGGAGCACGGCUAUCCUACCAUCAACCUCGGCAUCGUCGGAGACAACCCAGAUGACCUGCUGAAUGCCCUGAAUGAGGGCAUUAGUCGCGCUGAUGUCAUCAUCACCUCUGGGGGCGUGUCCAUGGGUGAGAAGGACUACCUGAAGCAGGUGCUGGAUAUAGACCUCCAUGCCCAGAUCCACUUUGGCCGAGUGUUUAUGAAGCCAGGUUUGCCUACUACAUUUGCCACCUUAGACAUUGACGGUGCCAGAAAACUGAUCUUCGCCCUUCCAGGUAAUCCAGUGUCAGCUGUUGUAACCUGUAACCUCUUUGUCAUCCCUGCAUUAAGAAAGAUGCAGGGGAUCCUGGACCCACGGCCCACCAUCAUCAAAGCCAGGCUCUCCUGUGAUGUAAAGUUGGAUCCACGUCCAGAGUACCAUCGCUGUAUACUGACAUGGCACCACCAGGAACCUCUUCCCUGGGCACAGAGCACAGGAAACCAAAUGAGUAGUCGGCUAAUGAGCAUGCGCAGUGCCAACGGCCUUCUGAUGUUGCCUCCUAAAACAGAGCAAUACGUGGAGUUGCACAAGGGCGAAGUCGUGGACGUCAUGGUCAUAGGACGGCUAUGAUGUCAUCUAACGAGGACAGACCAAGUACAGAGCAAGAAAGUGGUGCAUGUCCACAUAUCAUUACUAUUCUGUAAUAUGCAACGGCACAGCUAGUUUUUGUUGAUUUGGGAGAAGUUGAUCCAGUAUAAUCAGCGUUUCGAACAAAGACGAAUAUGUGAAAUUUAUGAAAAUACGACUUCGACGACAUAGUAUUUCAAAGACAGAAAAUAUUAUACCUUUUAAAGUGAGAAUAUAUAUAUAUAUAAAUAUAUAUAAAAUAUAAGAGAUUUAUUCUGUAAUAUAUUGUUAUAAUUAUGAUUAAUAUAAUGAUGAAUAUUAUCAUAUUAAGCAACUCUGUUCUCUUUCAUUGCAAUUGCUUUGUGUGUUCAAUGCUAGAACUUAUAGAUAGCCGUAGCAUUUUAAUAGACAGCUGUUGGCGCCUGUCACGUACAUCGGAAAGCUUAUUUUCUCAUCGGUAGAAAAUGUGUCACUGAGGAAUGAAAAGCUCUUCGAAAUGACAACAGGGGAUCCCUUCCGAUCUCCGACAGGAGCUGGAUCUUUUCAUCUCUCCUCAAAGUGCACCAAGGUGACCCAGCUAUCGUUCCCUUUAGUAUUAUAUGCUCCAUAAAGACUUCAUUAUGCUUCAUAAAGGGUUUACAAAACCGCUUUGCUUGUUGUUUAUCUUGUGAGUCGUGUUUAUGUGCGCAGUGCCAAAAGCCAGGGCUGUGGGGGGAAAGUCAUGUGGUCAUGAUGCCGAAAAGUAGCGCGUGCUGUCGGGAAGCACAGACUUUACGCGGAUUGUUUUUUGUUUGUUUGUUUGUUUGUUGUUGUUUUUUUUUGGAAAUGAUGACCGGUGGGGGUCUCUGUGUAAAUUCUGUGCUACUGCAGCAAACACAAAGGUAUGUCCUGUGCUACAGGCUACCCCCUGGAACAUACUUCAUAAUAAACUGGCCCUCAUAGCUCUGCCCUUAUUACUCUCUAUUUUACCCCCUACCCUUACAUUUAAACUCGCCCGGCCCAAACCUAGAGGCUGAGCUUCCUGGAAACUUUGAUUUUGUUUCAUUUCAAAGAUGAAGACACAGCUUAUUUAAGUGCUGACAGCCUUUUUAAACGAAUUACAUAAAAUGUACAGUCCAAAAAAUGCAAGAGAGAUAUUGUACAGACAAGUGACCAGCACUCCUGAGAAAUAUACUAUGGUAUUCAAAAGAUAUUGAAAAACUCUGUACUAUAAUAUCAUUUUCUGUAAUACCGAUCUAAUGCGAGAAUUAAAAUUCUUGAUCAUUAUGUAAAGACGUGGUUCAGUUUCUUUUUUUAAAUAAACACUGAAAGCUGAUUA